GAUAUCAUUUUAUCUUUUAUUUCUCUAUCAUACACUCACACUCACACACACACACAUCAAAAAAAAAUGUCCGACGAUAUGAUUCAUAUUGUGCUUUUCAAAUUUGACCUUGAAAAGCUCGCCGCUGAGUUUCCGGGCGAUGAACUCCAGAAGGCUGCGAAGCAUCUCGAAAAGGUUGUUCCUGGUCUUAUUAAUAUAUCUUUAACUCCCAGGCGAUUGCCGAAGGGCGGGAAUGCGAAUAACAAUAGCGGAUACAACUACAUAUUGAUAUCAAGGCAUGACGACUUGGCUGCGUUGAAGGUGUAUGCGGAUCAUAUCGACCACAAGGCCUUCCAAGACCGCAUCCGCAAGUGCUUCCUUGCACCACCUCUACGUGUGGAUAUUAACAUCAAUGCCAAGCUUUAAUCAUAAAAUAAGGGCUAUUUUUCAUUUUAUUUUUUUAAUUGGGAAUCGUUAAUUUGUUUGUAGGGUCUUUUCCAAAUCUGAUCUAUAUACAGAAAGAUCUAUUAGGAGUUUCAAAAUAUCGUGUCUCUGUUCUUAAUCAGGGUUAAUAAAGUGAAACCUGUUGUUCUGAGAUUUAAAAUUUAUCAUGUAUGGGGGCAUCACAAGAGCUAAA